AGUCGCUCGCAGCAAAACUGGGGGGCCCGAACCCCCCACCCGCGCCUUCGCCGGGCGGAGCGUGCGCGACUGCCAGCAUGGAGCGGUCGCUGCAGCUGUUGGCGAAGAUGGGCCCCUCCAAGGGCCACGGGGCUUUGAACACCAAGCGCGCGCCGCGCCUCAAGAAGGGGUACGGCGCCAUCGGCCUGGGUCGGCACACCAAGAAGGGAUUCUUCUUCGUGAACCCCAUGCUCUUCCCGAUCCUGCAGGUGCCCGAGCUCAAGGAUUUCGAGCUUAAGCCGUACGUGUCGCGGAACACCCCAGUCAUCAGCAAUGCGCAUCCGUACUGGAAGAACGGGAAGUUCCGGCCGUGAGCGGCGGAG